CCGCGGAGGGAGGCGGCUCCGCAGCCACCGAGGCCACCAGCGCCGACCCCGGGCGGCGGCCACGGACCUGCGGCGCUGACUGCAGCUGCCCCUGGGCUGGACAACCCGGGACGCGCUGGCUGGAGCUCCACCUCUGCACCCCAGCUCCCCUUUGCCACAUCCUCAAGCCUCCACGAAGCUGGGGGGCCCUUUUCUCACCUAUCCAUCAGCAGGAUGUACCCCCAGGGAAGGCACCCGACCCCGCUGCAGUCUGGCCAGCCUUUCAAGUUCUCAGUCCUGGAAAUCUGUGACCGGAUCAAAGAGGAAUUUCAGUUUCUCCAAGCUCAAUACCACAGCCUUAAGCUAGAGUGUGAGAAGCUGGCCAGCGAGAAGACAGAAAUGCAAAGGCAUUAUGUGAUGUACUAUGAGAUGUCCUACGGACUCAACAUUGAGAUGCACAAACAGGCUGAGAUCGUGAAGCGCCUCAGUGCAAUCUGUGCCCAGAUGGUCCCAUUCCUCACUCAGGAGCAUCAGCAGCAAGUGCUCCAGGCUGUGGACCGAGCCAAGCAGGUGACCGUGGGGGAACUGAACAACCUCCUGGGGCAGCAGAAUCAGCUCCAGCCGCUGUCCCAUGCACCCCCUGUGCCUCUCACCCCGCGCCCAGCUGGCCUGGUGGGUGCCGGGGCCACUGGGCUGCUGGCCCUCUCUGGGGCGCUGGCUGCGCAAGCCCAGCUGGUGGCUGCUGUUAAGGAAGACCGCGUGGGUGUGGACACCGAGGGGUCCAGAGUGGACAGAGCUGCCAGCAGGAGUUCGUCCCCAUCACCCCCUGAGAGUCUGGCGGAAGAGGAGCAUCCCAGCAGCCGAGGCAGCAACGGGAAGCAGCAGAGAGCCGAAGACAAGAACAUGUCAGGGCCUUAUGACAGUGAGGAAGACAAGAGUGACUAUAACCUGGUAGUGGAUGAGGACCAACCGUCAGAGCCCCCCAGCCCUGCGACCACCCCCUGUGGGAAGGCGCCCCUCUGCAUCCCUGCCCGCAGGGACCUCACGGACAGUCCAGCCUCCCUGGCUUCCAGCUUGGGCUCACCACUCCCCAGAAGCAAAGACCUAGCUCUGAACGAUCUCUCCACAGGUACUUCCGCCUCUGGGUCAUGUGGUCCCUCUCCACCCCAGGACUCGUCCACCCCAGGGCCCAGCUCAGCCAGUCACCUCUGCCAGCUGGCUACUCAGCCGGCACUGCCCACAGACAGCAUUGCCCUGAGGAGUCCCCUGACCCUGUCCAGCCCUUUCACCUCGUCCUUCAGCCUGGGCUCCCACAGCACCCUCAAUGGGGACCUCUCCAUGCCUGGCUCCUAUGUCAGCCUCCACCUGUCCCCCCAGGUCAGCAGCUCUGUGGUGUACGGACGCUCACCUCUGAUGGCAUUUGAGUCGCACCCCCAUCUCCGAGGCUCGUCCAUCUCCUUGCCUGGCAUCCCUGGGGCUAAGCCGGCUUACUCCUUCCACGUGUCUGCGGAUGGACAGAUGCAACCGGUGCCCUUCCCAUCGGAUGCACUGGUAGGCACUGGCAUCCCUCGCCACGCGAGGCAGCUGCACACACUGGCCCAUGGUGAGGUGGUGUGUGCCGUCACCAUCAGCAGCUCCACGCAGCACGUGUACACGGGCGGCAAAGGCUGCGUGAAGGUUUGGGACGUGGGCCAGCCGGGCAGCAAGACACCUGUGGCACAGCUGGAUUGCCUGAACCGGGACAACUACAUUCGCUCCUGCAAGCUGCUGCCUGAUGGGCAGAGCCUGAUCGUGGGUGGCGAGGCCAGUACCCUGUCCAUUUGGGACCUGGCAGCACCCACACCACGCAUCAAAGCAGAGCUGACCUCGUCCGCCCCGGCCUGCUACGCGCUGGCCAUCAGCCCAGAUGCCAAGGUCUGCUUCUCCUGCUGCAGCGACGGUAACAUCGUGGUCUGGGACCUGCAGAACCAGGCCAUGGUCAGACAGUUCCAGGGCCACACGGACGGGGCCAGCUGCAUUGACAUAUCAGACUACGGGACCCGGCUGUGGACUGGGGGCCUGGACAACACCGUGCGCUGCUGGGAUCUGCGCGAGGGCCGCCAGCUGCAGCAACAUGACUUCAGUUCCCAGAUUUUCUCGUUGGGCCACUGUCCCAGUCAGGACUGGCUGGCCGUGGGGAUGGAAAGCAGCCACGUGGAGGUCCUGCAUGUGCGCAAGCCUGAGAAGUACCAGCUCCGCCUGCAUGAGAGCUGCGUGCUGUCGCUCAAGUUCGCUUCCUGCGGACGCUGGUUUGUGAGCACAGGCAAGGACAACCUGCUCAAUGCCUGGAGGACACCCUAUGGGGCCAGCAUUUUCCAGUCCAAAGAGUCUUCUUCCGUGUUGAGCUGCGACAUCUCCAGGAACAACAAGUACAUUGUGACAGGCUCAGGGGACAAGAAGGCCACUGUGUAUGAGGUGGUGUACUGAGCCAUGUGCUGCCUUUUCAAGCCACCUGCCCUGGAUGGCAGGCCACUCGGGACAUGGGUCCCUUUGCCCACACUUGGCUUGCUCCCUCCCGGAUGGGUGGGACUGGGGCACUGGGGAAAUAUAAGAUUAUUUAUCAACUUGC